AUGCCUUUCGAAGACGAUCCGUACCGCGACGAAGAUGGGGAGCCAUUGAUGGACUACGAUGACUUCGGAGCGGGUCGUGACCCAUCUCCCGAGCCCCACCAAGAUGACGGCCUAGAAGACAACGACGAUUUGCGCGAUCGAGACCAGUCCCAGACCCCCGUCUACGAUGCCGACCCCUCGUCCUUGAAAUCCAAGCCAAGGAAGCGGCUAAUCAAGAAGAGCCACGUGGGAAAACUGCCUGUGAGCUCUGAUUUGGUGGACGAUGAUGGAGAGGAUGGAGAUGAGGGCAGUGGGAAGAGGCUGAAGAAGGAGAAGAGGCAUAAGGGAGAGAAGAAGGGACCCAAAUUUCCAAGGAGAUCCUUUUCCGACAAGGCGGCCACGGAUGGUGAGGUCAAGGAGAUGUGGGACACCAUCGCCGGCGGCGAUUCUGAGGAUGAUCAAGAGGGUGUCAGGACAUUUGAUGAUGACAACUUUAUAGAUGACACUGGUGUGCAUCCUGCUGACCGGUAUGGAAGUGACAAUGAACGUUCUCCUAGUCAUCAUCCUCAGGCUGAGGAGGGUGAGGAAGAUGAUGAAAUCAAGGAACUAUUUAAGAUGGGUAAGAAAAGGAAGAAGAAUGAAAAAAGUCCAGCAGAAAUAGCAUUGCUGGUUGAGAAUGUCAUGGCUGAGCUCGAGGUUACAGCUGAAGAGGAUGCAGAAUUUAAUAGACAGGGGAAACCUGCCAUUAAUAAGCUCAAGAAGUUGCCUCUUCUUACAGAGGUCCUCUCAAAGUAA